UCUGCAUACACGCCCAGCCCUCUGCGCAUGCGGACUAAAAGCAGCGCUCUGCGCACGCGUACCACCAGCUCUCUGCGCAUGCGUAUCCCCGCCUCUCUCUGCGCAUGCGUACUCCACCCUCCCUUCGCACACGCGGACCCUGCCGCCGCUCUGCGCAUGCGGACCUCCUCACACGCCACCACCCCGCCCUCCCCGCGCAUGCGGACCCGACAGCGUUUCGGCAGCGCCCCGCAGACCUUUCCGCAGAGGACAGGGCCGGCAGGAUUCCAUUAUGUUUCAGAUCCAAUGGCUGUCCCACCGUCAUACAGUGAUUUGGGAAAGGCUGCCAGGGAUGUAUUCAAUAAGGGUUAUGGAUUCGGAAUGGUCAAGUUGGAGUUGAAGACCAAGUCUUCAAGUGGGGUGGAAUUUACUGCAACUGGUUCUUCCAAUACAGACACAGGCAAGGCUUUGGGUAAUCUAGAAACCAAGUAUAAGAUCAAAGACUAUGGACUUACAUUCAUUCAGAAGUGGAACACAGACAACACAUUGGGAACAGAAGUUUCCAUGGAGGAUCAGUUGGCUGAAGGAUUGAAGGUUGCUCUUGACACUAUAUUUGUACCAAAUACAGGGAAGAAGAGUGGAAAAUUGAAGACUUCCUACAAAAGAGAAUACGUAAACCUAGGCUGCAAUAUAGACAUUGAUCUCUCUGGACCAACCAUUUAUGGCUGGGCAGUGCUGGGUUAUGAAGGCUGGCUUGCUGGCUAUCAGAUGGCUUUUGAUACAGCCAAAUCUAAGCUUUCACAAAACAACUUUGCCUUGGGAUAUAAGGCAGGAGACUUUCAGCUGCACACUAACGUGAAUGAUGGCACAGAGUUUGGUGGGUCUAUUUAUCAGAAGGUUAAUAAUAAGGUUGAGACAUCAGUCAAUCUUGCAUGGACUGCUGGCAGUAACAACACGCGUUUUGGAAUUGCUGCUAAGUACCAACUGGAUGAGAAGACUUCCAUUGUGGCUAAAGUAAAUAAUGCCAGCCUGAUUGGAAUUGGUUACACUCUUGCUCUUCGACCUGGUGUAAAGCUGACCCUCUCAGGCUUGAUUGAUGGCAAGAAUUUCAGUGCUGGAGGUCACAAAGUUGGUCUAGGAUUUGAGCUGGAAGCUUAAUGCAUUUUUAAGUAAAACAACAGAUG